GGAGGGGCGGGUCGGCUGAAGAUCUUCCCAGCUUUGGUAAGACAUUCAACUGGCAUUAUUCUAGCGGGGCAGGAGCCGAGACGUCCCAACCAUUGUUUACCGUCCGCAGUGUAUUGUUGAAUCAACUCCAAGUGGUAAUGGCCUCCAAGGACCCAGAAUAUAACCCAGAGAUGGAUGAGGACGUACCCUCUCCUGAUCAACAGGCACCGAGUAGCAAGACACCAAAGACAAAGAGGAAGAAAUCCGAGGACGGCGGCCCAAGGACGCCCUCUGUCCGACAGCCUGCCACGUAUGCCGCCGUCCACAUAGAAAACCUGGUCAAACCGAAGACGGAGUGUCUGAUCCGCGCGAUCGACCGCGCCCAUGUCGAGAACAUUAAGCGAGAAAUGAGGGAGAAACAGGUGACCAAGUUCACGCUCAUCGUGGCUAACGUGGCCACAACUGACAUGCCCCCUAUCAAGGAUCUUCAGAAAGCUAGGUCCUGCCGCCUGGAGGUGCUGGGUGGGAACCACACCCGUCAGGCCGCCAUGGAGUUAUGGGUGGAGACAGAGGACAAGAGGUAUGCCCUAUGGCCGUGCCAGCUGUACCACCAGCUGACGGAGGAAGAGUCCAAGGCCCUGGCCUAUCUCCACAACAGGAACCACGAGGUGGCCAAACAGAUGACCUUCCUGGACUAUGUCCGGUUGUUCCGGACAGAGAGGGUGGCCUGUCAGAAGGCUGGGGUAGCUGCAGAUACCCUCGAGUAUGAGUGGAAGGAGAAACUCUGUCAUAUGAUGUCGCUGACGAAACGCAUCCUCUCUGCCAACUACAUGGCGGCACUCCGCGUGUCGUCAGUAAACGACACAGUCUGGCCACACUUGGCCUCGUUGUUCACUGCUUGGGACAAAGGUCAUGUCAAAGGUCAGAAGAAGGGACCAAUGAAGGCUUACUUCCUGGCUAACGCCCACUUCCUGGAUGAUCGGGAGCUGAUCACGUGCAUCAAGGAUAUGUUGAAAGGGGCUCUCUCACCUCGAGUCUUUCAGAAAACAUGUGCAGAGGCUGGUGCGAAAUUUAGGCGACAUCUGAAGAGACAGAGAUCAAAGGACUACAGUGACGCCGAGAGCGACAACGGCGUGUCCAUCCGCUCCAGAUCAACGUCAAAUGAAGACAGUGAAGAAGAUAGCGAUACCUUCAAUUGUAACAGCCAGAGACAAGACAAGUUGAAAAUUAUGUCCAAGAACGGUCACCACUCAAAGAGACGACGAACAGACAAGAAAGAACCUGAUGUACUCUUCGGUCAACAGACUCAAUCUUUGACCAACGAACUCACUCAACAGAAGGACACAAACAAAGAGCUCCAGGCACGACUAACUGAGCAGGAAGACGAAGUUUUGAAUCUGAGGGCUGACAAUGCUAUUCUGGAACAAAAAGAAGCGAACCAUCAAGAGGAAAUAGCGCAUCUGAAAACAAAAAUAACAAAGCUGGAGAAGAAGGAGAGAGAUACCAGCGACGAAUUACUCAAAGCGAAAGCAUGUCUCUCACUGUGUAGAAAGGCGGAGACUGAGCUACGUGAGAAGGUGAAACAAAUGGAAACAACUCUCCCCUCCAGAAGUCAUACAAGGCAUCAGAAGCUCAAGGUGAACGACAUAGUGGAAGCCCAAUGGGAAGAUGGGUUGUGGUAUCCGGCUUGUGUGGUGCAAGUUCUCAAGCAUGAUGCGUACCGUGUGAAGUUCUUGGAGGACAGUAUUGUGUGCGAUGUACAAACUAAGUCAAUAAAACCACUAUUGUGAUCAAAUGUA